AUGACUGCUCAAACGGGCGCCAGUACGAUCAAGACGAAGGAGGAUGAGUCCCAUGAGUACUGGGGCAAAGCGGAGCGGACGUUUAAAAAUAAAUCCGCCAGCGAAUUUUUCGAUCCCUGCCAGGAAUUCGCAGAUCGGAGUAUCAAGUGCAUGAGACGCAACGGCGGAGACAGGGACAUGUGUGGAGACUAUUUUCAGGCGUAUCGUGACUGUAAAAAGGCAUGGAUGGCUCAAAAGGACGAGGCAAAGCGAAAAUCAUGA